GGGGCGGACGGUUGUCUGCCGGCUGGCGGUCGCUGCGGCGGCUUCUAGGCCGUGAGCUUUCCCUUCCGCAGCCAUGGACCGCCGCCGGCGCUGACAGACCCAUGGAGAGUCGCAGUGUGCCUCCCGGGCCGUAUCGGGCCACCAAGCUGUGGAAUGAAGUCACCACAUCUUUUCGAGCUGGAAUGCCUCUAAGAAAACAUAGGCAACACUUUAAAAAAUAUGGCAAUUGUUUCACAGCAGGAGAAGCAGUGGAUUGGCUUUAUGAACUAUUAAGAAAUAAUAACAAUUUUGGUCCUGAAGUUACAAGGCAACAGACUAUCCAACUAUUGAGAAAAUUUCUUAAGAAUCAUGUAAUUGAAGAUAUCAAAGGCAGAUGGGGAUCAGAAAAUCUUGAUGACAACAAUCAGCUAUUCAGGUUUCCUGCAACUUCUCCACUUAAAACUCUUCCACGGAGGCAUCCUGAAUUGAGAAAAAACAGCAUAGAGUACUUCCCCAGAGAUAAAGAUACAAUUUUUAAAUUACGAAACUUACCCCGCAGGACUCCAAAAAGGCAGGGAUUACAUUUUUCUCAGGAAAAUACAGAAAAAAUAAAGCAUGAAAUAAUCAAUGAAGAUCAAGAAAACUCAAUUAAUAAUAGAAAAAUUAGCCAAGAAGAUGUUGAAGAAGUUUGGAGAUAUAUUAUUCUGAUCUAUCUGCAAACGAUUUUAGGCUUGCCAUCCCUAGAAGAAGUCAUAAAUCCAAAACAAGUAAUUCCUCAAUAUGUAAUGUACAAUAUGGCCAAUACAAGUAAGCAUGGAGUAGUUAUACUACAAGACAAAUCAGAUGACCUUCCUCAUUGGGUAUUAUCCGCCAUGAAGUGCCUAGCCAAUUGGCCAAGAAGUAAUGAUAUGAGUAAUCCAACUUAUGUUGGAUUUGAACGAGAUGUAUUCAGAACAAUUGCAGAUUAUUUUCUAGAUCUUCCUGAACCUCUACUUACAUUUGAAUAUUAUGAGUUAUUUGUAAACAUUUUGGGUUUACUGCAACCUCAUUUAGAGAGGGUGGCCAUCAGUGCACUACAGUUAUGUUGUUUGUUACUUCCCCCACCAAAUCGGAGGAAACUUCAACUUUUAAUGCGCAUGGUUUCCAGAAUGAGUCAAAAUGUUGACAUGCCCAAACUUCAUGAUGCAAUGGGUACAAGAUCAUUGAUGAUACAUACAUUUUCACGGUGUGUGCUCUGCUGUGCUGAAGAAGUGGAUCUUGAUGAACUUCUCGCUGCAAGAUUAGUUUCUUUCUUAAUGGAUCAUCAUCAGGAAAUUCUUCAAGUACCGUCUUACUUACAGACUGCAGUGGAGAAACAUCUUGACUACUUAAAAAAGGGCCAUAUUAAAAAUCCUGGAGAUGUACUAGUUGCUCCUUUGCCAACUUAUUCUUACUGUAAGCAGAUUAGUACUCAGGAAUUUGAUGAACAAAAAGUUUCUACCUCUCAAGCUGCAAUUGCAGAACUUUUAGAGAAUAUUAUUAAAGACAAAAGUUUACCUCUGAAGGAGAAAAGGAAAAAACUAAAACAAUUUCAGAAGGAAUAUCCCAUAAUAUAUCAGAAGAGAUUUCCAACCACAGAGAGUGAAGCAGCACUGUUUGGUGACAAACCUACAAUCAAGCAACCAAUGCUGAUUUUAAGAAAACCAAAGCUUCGUAGUCUAAGAUACUAACUGAAAUAAAAAUUAUCCAAUACUUGUGGAACUUUGAUAAAUGAAGCCAUAUCUGAGACUCUAUUACAAAGGAAGCCUGGUAUUAAAAAGCUAUCCCUAAAUAAAUACAUUCUGUGACAAGUGCCAGGAUAGUUGUUGAUCAGUGUGAGACUUCUGAGAAGCUACCAGAUCUAAACUGAGAGAACAUAACACUAAGUGAUACCAAAUAUUUUGACCAGAAAUGUUCAUCAAGAAUAAGCAGCAAUUUUGUUUUUAAAGGAGAACUUACAUGUACACAUGCUGAUGGACAUUAGCUAACAAACCAGUUGUUUAGAGUUACUUCUUUAUAUUUGUACCUGUAAGAAUGUGACAAAUAUCUGAAAGUUCAAUGAAUUCUCAACUAUAAAUGUUGCAGUCUCACA